AAACAUAUAAAGUAAAUGUGCUCAGACAAUGCAUUUACAUAAAGUGCAUAUUUUCUGUUUUUCAAAAGAAUCUUAACCUAACAUUACGUAACAUAUAACAAAACGAAGAUUAUCAUAAUGCUUUAUAUGGCAAAUUGUUCGAAUUUACGUAUCUGUAACUAGAUGUGUUUACAUUAAUACUUUAUACUCACAUACGAAUAUUUAAUUUCAAUCAGCAUAAAUGUGAUUUGUUGAAAUGUACAAAACAAAUCAAAUGAUGAAAGCUGCUGCAUCAGCGGCAGCAAAAGUAGAUUCUCUACUUAUGGCAAAAGGAAAGCUAAGAAUGGAUAACCCAAAACUUGGAUUGCUACCAACGCCUGGCAAACCAAAUGAUCUUUUCACUACUGAAGUAGAAAUUAAUGAUACUCCGUUAUCAGCUAGAAAUCUUCUUACAAAAGGGCAAACCCAAGAAGAAAUUAGUCAAUAUUCGGGUGCAGCAAUAUCUACUCGUGGACGGUAUAUGACUCAAAAUGAAGGACUACAAAAUCCAAAUGAUAGGGCAUUAUACCUGUUUAUACAAGGACCGACUAAACAAAGUCUUGAUUUGGCCAUACAAAGAAUUCAUGAAAUAAUCCGAAGUGAGCAAAAUCAAACAAAUCAAAGAUAUUUAUCUCGUAAUAAACCUCAACUACCUCCUUUAAUGAGCAUUCAAACAAAUGUUACAUCCAUUGACAAAGUUAUGGUUGGUCUUGAUCAUGCACCUCCUGCAUUUGACUUAAGAGGAAGAAUUAUUGGCCAAGGUGGAACAAAUUUAGAAUAUAUACGAACUGAAACUGGGGCUGUGGUAACUUUAAGGGGUAGAGGAUCACUGUUCACGGAAUCUGCAUCUGGGACUGAAUCGCCUGAACCACUUCAUUUUUUUAUAGAACAUCCAAGAUAUGAUGGAGUUGUAGCAGCACGUCAACUUGCUUUAAAUCUAAUUGAGACAUUACAGCAAGAAUUAGCACAAUUUUUGCAAACUAAUCCACCAAGUAUGGUUAAUAUUCAAGCAAUACCACAAAAUACUAUGCAACAGAAUAUUGUUCAGCAUUCCCCACAGGUAUUUCCUUCUGUUCACCAACCUAUUGCAAUACCCCCUCCAAUAUUAUCAGGACCACCUCCAGUUCAACAUCCGCAGGUUCAACAAAAUAUUUUAAAUCAACAUAAUCUUAUCAAUCAAUCAGCUUUGCAAGUUCAACCUUCUUUAAACAUUAUUCAACCAAAUAUUCAACCAAAUGUUAUAAAUGCUCAAGGUAUUAUACAACAACAACAGAUACAACAGCCUUUACUUGUUCAGCAAUCUCAAUCAGGAAUGGUGUUAAACAAUGUUUCACAAAAUAUUCAAUUACCACAGGUUAAUCUUCCCCCGCCUGGUGUCCAUAUUCCACAACAACAAGGGCCAUUGGUUUCAAGUAAUAUUCAAUCAAGCCAGCAACAACAAAUUCUCUUAUCUCACCCUCCACCUACAAUGAAUAUUCCUCCUCCCAACAUGCCACCACCAAAUCAAGGGUUGAUAAUUGUUAGUUCUGCUCCAAGUCAAUAUUCGCAACAGCCGCAGAUGUUUGUCAGCCAAGCUACACAAAUAAAUCCUGUUCAGAGUUUAAACCAGCAAAUGAAUACCCCCUAUCAGUAUCAUAUAAUACAAGGAUCUAAUCCUAUUUAUGCAACAGCACAGCAGCUAGGAAACUCUGCAGGUGGUGUUGUGACUGGACAGAUAAAUGAACUUAAACCAAAUGCCGGUCAACAAUUUCAAACUAUGACUGUUCAACAAGUUUAUCAACAACCUAUUAUAACUGGCCAAGAGCAGAUAGUUACUCAAACUUUACCCCCAGGACAACAAUACAUUGUGGCUCCAAAUUCUGGUCCAAUAUAUAUUGUACCACCUCCUUCACAAACUGUACAAACACAACCAAAUCAAACAAUUGAAACUAUCUCUGUUCAAUCUCAUCAUCACAUAAUUCCAAAUUCGAUACAUAAUCAGCAUGAUCCACAAUCAAUUAUUAAUCAAACUGUUACCAUUGACAACAGUGCUAACAUGAAUCAACUACAGAAUAUUCAAACUGAACCAAUUGAGAAUAGAGAUAAAGAUACAGAGGAAGUCAAAAAUCCUCUUACAGAAAAUACAGCUUCUAGAAAUGAAAAUGAUGCUAAAGAAGAUAGCUCAAAUGAUUCAUCAAAUCCUCAAGAAAAAUCGGUUGCUGUAGAGUGUUUGUCACAAUUGCAGCCAAAUCAAGUUGCAUCUCAAUCAGAUUCUGCAAAUAAUAUUGAUACUCAUCAAAUUCAGAAUCAAGAUAAUUUACAUCAAGGGUCUGCCAAUAAUGAAGUUUUUUUGAACCAAGCACCACCACCUACUCAAAUAAUUCAACAUCAAAUGAAUCCACCUCCAAUUUUACAAAUGCCACCACAGAUUGUUCCACCUCCAAAUCAUGCUUCACCGCAGAUGCCAAUGUUUUCAGUUGCUAAUCAGCAGAUUAUUGCUAAACCGCAAUUUCAAAUUAACAGUCAGCCACAAAAUUGGGUUCAAACUCAUCAACAGAAUUGGAUCCCAAAUACUAGCCAAAUUUUAACACAUACCACAAAUUUGACUGGCACACCAUACCAAACACUACCCAAUCAAUUUGUACAGAAUCAAGGUCCAAAUUCGACAUUGUUAACAUCUCAGAUUUCAAAUCAGGAAUUAGAUGAAGAGAAUAGGCAACUAAAUCAACAAAAUCUUAUGGUUUCUGUCAAUUCCAGCACUUGCAGCAUACAGAAUAAUUUGGAUGUCACAACUAUGCAAGCACCUUCUCAGAAUAUGGUGUCUCGGCCAAGAAUAGGACAGAAGAGAAAAAUCUAUGAUGAAAACUGGAGAUUUAAACAAGGAAUAGGAAAUGGUGGUAUGAUGGGACCAAAUUCAAGAUAUCCAGCCCCUUCUCCAGCAGUCGUUAGUCAACACAACAACAAUGUUAACAUAAGACAUCAGAUCCCGAAAGGUGAUCACGUAGAUCUAAACUCCCUGGAAUCGAACGAUCAAAAUCAAGUGCCGCCAGGAUAUAAUCAAGAUCACAUUGAUUCAUUUCGUGGCCCACCUAUGAGAGUUAUACAAGGGUAUGAUCCAAGAAGUAGAAUGCCUCCUCCACCUCCUCCGCCACCGCAGCGAUCAGCUAUACCACAGUAUCAAUUUAACACAUGGAAUGUGCAAGAACAUAGUCCACCUCAAUAUGCACAACAACACGGGUCAAGGCAAUGGAUGGCCUGAAUUUAUGUAACUAUAUAACUUACUUUUAAGAGAACUUUACAGAAGUAACUAAAAUCAAAAGCAAGUAUAUGAGCCGACUAAAAUUUAUCUGGCGCCGUUUCAUCAGAUUUAUUUGGAAAACCAAAUUAUCUUCAAAAGUUUCAUAAAUCUCGAGCUUGAAUUUAUUUUGUUUUAAAAUAUCAAUUGAUUGAGCGAUUAGAACAGAAUGUUGAAUUAUAAUUAAUCACAAUGUGAGAGUGUUUCUCAUAA